AACUUUUAGUAUUUUUCAUACGGUAACCUUAGCAGUCGGUAUACGGAUUUUCCAAAGCGCGAUAAAACUUAUUGAAAAUGGGAUUAUCGUCAAUAUUUACAGUUUUUGAUUAAAUCAUGAGGUCCUAGAGUCCCGCCGGAGUGCACUAACCGAGAGAUAACUAACUUAACUCGCGCGGAGUUAUUUAAUUAGGGACCAAAGGACAUGAAGAAAGUUGAGUUUUUUUUUGGCGCAUUCGCGCUCGCCCUUCUCUUGCAUGACGGGCACGCCAAAGUGUUCACCAAAUGCGGCCUUACAAAAGAACUGUUGAAUAAUGGAUUUGAGAGGAGUUACGUCGGGAAUUGGGUUUGUCUAAUAGAAGCUGAAAGUGCUAAAAAUACGUCCAAAAUAACUGAAAAGGCAGCCGGAGGAAAGUCACUUGGGCUGUUUCAAAUAAACGACAAAGAAUGGUGCUCAUGGAAAUCCGCUGGAGGAAAAUGUAAUGUGAAAUGCGACACUUUAAUUGAUGAUGAUAUAAAAGACGACUCUAUAUGUGCUAAGAAGAUCCAAAGCGAACUUGGUUUUCGUGCUUGGGAGGGGUGGAUGCGAAGUUGCUAUAGACGAAACCUUCCCUUUCCUCCUUGCUAAAGUCUGUAUGCCACCCAUUUGACUAAAAAUCGAAAUAUCGAUAUAGAUUAUUAUAUAGAAAUCUGGUAUUAGUAAUGCAUCUAAAGAGCAACGUUUUUAUUUAUCAAUACAAGAUUUGUUUAUUUAGCAAUAUUUCAUGAAACUAUUUUUAGUCUAAGGUUAUAAAAAACAAUAAAUAUUAAAAUUUAAA